CAUCGGUGGACUUCAGCCCUUUAAUCAACUAGGAAGUCGGUCGCAGGACGCAGGCAGCAAGCACUUGGGACAGGGCAGGCGGCUCCUGCGCAAAUGGCAAAAUUCCUGUCCCAGGAUCAAAUUAAUGAGUUCAAGGAGUGUUUUUCCCUCUACGAUAACAACCACAAAGGCAAGAUCAAAGCCAGCGACCUGAUCACCGUGAUGCGGUGCCUGGGAGCCAGCCCGACUCCGUCGGAGGUGGACAAGCACCUUCUCUGGCAUAAAAUUGACCGGAGAGCAGAACUGGACUUUUCCACCUUUCUGAAUAUAAUGUACAGGCAAAUGCAGCAGGAAGACCCACAGCAGGAAAUCCGCACCGCCAUGGCCAUGAUAGACAGGCAGAAGAAAGGCUUCAUCCCCGUGUCCGAGCUGAGAGCCAAGCUCACCAAGAUGGGAGAAAAGCUUUCCGAGGAGGAAGAUAGUCGGAAACCCUGGCAGAGCGCAGGACACAAGCAGCUGUGAGUGGAACAGCUUCUCUGUGGACAUGAUCUGUACUGAGCCCCUAACGAGUCACACAAUUCUUCCUUUGACUGUAGCCUGGAAAGCCCAGUCCUGUUUAUCUAAACUCUUGUCACCAGAGGGUCACGUUCCAGUUUUAAGAAUGGUCCAGCUGACCAUGAUAUGCAACUCACGGCUCCAUAUAUUUCCCAUGUGCAAAUCUCCUCUGGCAUCAGUGGGAGGCUUGAACAGAGUCAAUUAUCUUAACACUGCAGUUAAACAUCUGUUCAUUUCCUUAGUGAGGUAACACAAGUCUCUGUUAGGAUGGCUGCUAAUUCUGUUCAUUGGUCUUCGUCCUUCCUCAGUGCCCUUUCUAUUCAAAAGGCCUCCCCUGCUUUCAGCACUCGCUAUUUCCUCCUCUGCAGCAGCGAGCCAGCUCCCUUCCACUUGUAAAAUAAGCAAUAAUGAGCAAUA